AUGGCUUUUUGUGCCUACACACAUAUUGCUCCUGUUCAUCAAGGCUGCCCAGACAGUGGUAUUGGCGGUACCGCAAGUAGUGUGUUUCUCGCGUACUACUACUACUACUACUACUACUACUACUACUACUACUACUACUACUACUACUACUACUACUACUACUACUACUACUACUACUACUACUACUACUACUACUACUGCUGUACGGGUGUUGGAGUGUAUGAAGACACUAUCACGAGGAUGAAGAAGCAUCUCUGCUGCGCAGCCGAGGAGGAGAAGGAAGUACAGGUGUUGUACAGUGGUAUUCAAAAGCUAAAUGAGUGUAGUGGUGCCUUGGGGUGGCUGCUAGUAUACAAGUUGAGGUCAGAAAAGUAA